UGCCGGGCUGGGCAGGGCUGGGAAGGGCUGGGCAGGCAGGGCAGGGACGAUAAAAGGCUCCGGGAGCGCCGGCACCGCCUCCCCGGCCGGGCAGCCCCAGCCGGGCGCAGGUCCCGGGCGCGCAGAGCCGGAGCGGGGAUGGUUCCCAUCGUCCUGGAGGUGACCUGCAGCUUUGUCACCUGGCUGUGCCUCUACAGCUGCUUCUGCCGCUGGAACAGGCAGCGUUCCUACAAGUGGAGCUGUCGCCUGGUCACCCUCCUGCACGGGCUCGUUGUCACCUGCCUGUCUGGCUAUGUCAUGUUCCUGGAUGGCCCCUGGCCUCUGACCCACGCAGGUUCACCAAACACCCCUCUCCAGAUCCACGUGCUGUCCCUGACCUUGGGCUACUUCAUCUUUGACCUGGGCUGGUGCCUGUACUUCCAGAGCGAGGGGGACCUGAUGCUGCUCCACCACACCCUGAGCAUCUGCGGCAUGAUCCUGGUGCUGGGGCUGGGCAAAUCCGCCACCGAGGUGAACGCCGUGCUGUUUGUCAGUGAAAUCACCAACCCCCUGCUCCAGACCCGCUGGUUCCUGCGGGAGAUGGGCUCCUACCACACUUUCCUGGGAAAAGCGGUGGAUUUCCUCUUCGUGCUCCUCUUCCUGGUGCUGAGGAUUGGGGCGGGAGCGUGGAUCAUGUAUGGCAUGGUGACGUCUCCCAAACCCAACUGGCUCCUCAAGGCUGGGGGCCUGGCCAUGUACGUGGUGUCCUUGGGGUUCAUGGUUGAAAUCUGUCGCUUUGUAAGGAGGAAAAUGUGGAAAAAAGCCCCUGCCCCGGAUGCACAAUCUCUUCAGGAGUAGGAGUGUACCUGUGGAAAUUUCUUGGCUGCUCGUUAAUGGGUUGUAGAGGAUGAUCCCCUGGGUUUGGGGCCUGGCUGCUGGAGCUUGUUCCUGUGAAAAGGAACAACUCCUAAAAUGACACAAAAUUGACUUUCUGCUGCCCCUGGAGGAGAUGGAUCGGUGCUAGGAACACGGAAAAGCUGUGCGAAGAGGGAUUUGAGUGGAAACUGAGGAGCCUGGCACUGAUUCCCUGAGUUCUCCAGCAAUGGCACAGUCCCAAGGAGGGUGGCAGUGCCAGACAUGAUCAAUCUACAACUAAUAAUUGCACAGUUUGUGUGUUCUGUCCUCAUUUUCAAUGCAGACUUAUUUGACAGCGUAGAGAAAAUCAAAUAUGAAAAACCCCAUUUUCCUGCCAGUGGGACUGGGUAAGGGGCGUGACCUGGCAAAGAUUUCCUGAGCCUCGCCCUCCUUAAUAAUCCUGGAUUUGGACAAUGUGCUUGGCUAAAUACUCGAGUGAAAGACUCUGAACAAGACUGAAGUGCUUGCAGGGGUGUAGUGGGGUUGUCCUUUGAGUGUGAAGUGAUGGUACUCCAGGUGAGGCCGUGUUUUACCUCCUUGUUUUUAAUGACACAUUUCCUUUACUCCUUUUUUAACACUUCCAUCGGGGCAGGUGCUGAUCUCAGAGCAGAGUGAUUUCUCUGGGACUGACUCAGGGCCUCACAAACAAGAGUCAGGAAUUAGACUUGUUCUUAUAAACUCCAUGAGCAGGUGUUGGCCUAGGCUGGGAUUGCUUAAGAAUAAUCAGGCUUUUUGUGGGAGAGGGGGGAUAGUGAAGAGCCCCCCUGGAUGCUCUUUCUGUUCUGGGGCUGGCUCAUUUGCAAGCCACUUCAGCUGAAUUUAUGGCUAAUGAGUCAAAAAUAUGAUUAUUUCCAGGGGUGACAGGAAAGUUUAGGCAGAUCCACACCAGCAGGCCUCAGAGCAUGGAACAGUUCUCUCGUUUUCUUUACCUCUCAGAAUCGUGUUCUGACAUUUUCCCUGGGGUUUUAAUGUGAAUUUCCCUCUGUUCAAGGCCACAGUUCAGAUUUAGUGUCCUCCAAAAGCCUCUCUGAGAGCUGAGAAGCAAAUGCAGAGGUGAGGGAGGGGAGCAGUGGGGAUGCAGCUCCUCCACUGCCUUUAUCUCACUGAAUUUGGCCCUGUUCAGGGCAGAUAUCAGCCUUUGGCUGGGGCUCCUCAAGGUGUCUGGAGAGAUUAAAAAAUAACCUGAAAUAACCUCACUUUGGAGACAUCCACUGAAGGCAUUGCAGCUGUGAACCCGGGCAAGUUCCUGGGCCAAUAUUUUUGGGAAAGCAGGAGCCAGAGUGGCCUCCAGAGGUGUGGGCACCUGCCAGGCUCUCUGAGUUCUUCCAAAAACUCCUCCGAGUCACGGGACUUCUAAUAAAAACAUGUUCUCUUUUGAAAAAGAA